AUGGUGUAUCGACUAGAAAACAGUAAGGCGUUGGAAGACUUGGUCGAGCAAAAUCCAAAAACAUUUGAUAUUGUGGGCGGGGUAGUCUUCAAUGACGAAAGUUUUGACUAUGGUAUGCCAACCUCCAAGUUCGGAUACACCAUCCGCCUCCGUUCAGAACCGUCGUUACAUCACACAAGAGAGUGGUUUACGAACGUCUUAAGAGCGUUCUAUUUCGAAACUGGCCCGGAAUACGACAAAAACGGUUUUCUUGCCAUCCAAGAUUCUGUGGACAAAUCUUACAUCAAGAUGAUUUCGAAAUCUCCUCUUCGCCCUUUUCCUACACGACUCAAGCGAUUCCCAACGCUGGAGCACAAGACAAGUAGUUACUUUGAGACUGAUCAACUGAGUUACUUUUCCGAGCCCCUUGCCGCCGUUGUGAUUGUUGGCUGUAUAUCUUUAGUUUUGGAAGUUACCCGAGGAAUAUCAUAUGAAAAGGAAACGGGACUAAAAGUUCUUUUGAAAACGUGUGGCGUGCCAGACAAGGCAUAUUGGCUCUCUUGGUUCUUGUACUGGAGCAUACCAUACGUCAUCAUGAUGGUCGUGUUGUCAAUACUAUUUCUAUCUGCUGGUUCGAGUGAAGAUGGUGGCAGCCUGGCCACCAUCAUAAACCAAUAUGUUGUGUUUCUGUUCCUCUUGCUAUACGCCAUAUCGACCAUCUUAUUGUGCUUUGUGUGCAGCUUAGUUAACUCUACAGUUGCCGCCAUAGCGCUAUUCAUGGUGGUGUACCUUGUCCCCGCCUGUCUAAGCACACCGUUAUUUUACGAAUUCAUGUCGAAAUCACAAAAACUGGCAAUGUGUUUACUGCCAAACUUUGCUCUCAAGAUGGGCGCUUUGCAGAUCCUCAUCUACUGCCGCUCUCCACUGAACGGAGGCCUACGCUGGGAUAAUAUAAUGCAGCACACGACAUUUGGUGACAACUUUUCCAUCGGGGAGGUCUUAAUUGCCUUUGCCGCGGACAUUAUGCUAUUCAUGUUGAUAACAUGGUAUUUCAGCAAGGUGUUUCCAGGUCCAGGGGGAGUUCCGAAACCGUGGCUGUUUCCUUUCGAGUGGCUUAUGCGGAAUCGAAAGAAGCAGAAAGUUGGUCAAGCGCCAUUUUCAUCAAUACAGCAGGAGGAGGGAAGUGCUACGGAGAGCUUUCAAACUGAACGCCUACCAUGGAUGUCGCUGUUAAGACUGACUAAGGUUUACGGAAAGCGAAAUGUUGUCAACAAUGUGACCCUGGACUUGUUUGAAGGCGAGACAUUGGCUCUAUUGGGUGGAAAUGCUUCGGGGAAGUCGACACUUCUGCAGAUGAUUACAGGUUUGCUCCAGCCUACGUCUGGAAGUAUUCACGUGUGCCCCCGGCUCAGCACCAAAAGAUAUCUCAGCCAUUAG